AUGAAUAGACCACAUACAUCGAUCAGUGAUGAUAAUAUGGUUGUACUACAACAAGAAGAUGAAAAAAUCGAUAAACAAAAAGACAUAGACAAAAAGGAGGACAAGAAAAAUAUGUCAACAAAUAGAAAGGAAUAUAAGAAAAAGAAAAAGAAAUAUAUUAUUUCCAACAAAAUAUUGAAGCAUAUAGAUAAUAUAGACAAAUUAAAAUACGUGGGAAUUAAUCGUAUUGAUGAAAAACAAAAAAAAAGUUAUUUGGAAAAUAUACCAGGGGGGAGGAUUAAAAAGCUAAAUAAACAAAUAAAUGAUAAUAAAGAUGAAAGAAAGAAAAAGAGAACAAAUAUGAAGAAAAAAAAAAAAAAAAUUAAUAAAAUAAAAGUCAUUAAAAAAAGAAACAUAACAAAUGAGAAACAAAUUGUAGAAGAAAAAGAAUUCAAUGAAUUAAAUGAAAAGUGUUCUGAUACGAUAAUUGAAAAUCAAAAUAUCAUUAAAAAAAAAAAUAUUGAUAAUAAUGUAAUUAAUAAUUCUAACAAUAAUCAAAUAAAUGAUGUAAAAGAAAUGAAUAUCUUUCAAAAGGAUAGUAAUCAAAUUGAAUCUUUUAACAAAAAAAACUCCUUAAAAGAAAAGAACAAAACAUCAAAUGAUCAUAUUAUUAAUGAUCAUAUUAUUAAUGAUCAUAUAAAGAAUAAAAAAAAGUAUGAAAAUAAUUUAUUUGAUGAAAUUAAAGAAGCAAUAAAAGAUGAUGUUACUAAACAAAAUAGUCUUAACAAUUUGAACCUUCAAAUAAAAGCUGAAGAACAAUUAAUUCUUUCAAAUUAUGAUCAAAAUAAAAUGAACAGUCAAUCAUAUAAGAAAGAAAACAUAUAUAUUUCUCAUGAUAAACAAAAAUCAAAUUUAUUAAUGAACUCAUCAACAGAAUUAAAAAAUAAAAAUACUCACAUUUUACAAUUUAAACAUGCUAAAAGUACACACACUUCUUUUUUGAAAACAAUAAAUAAUCUCACAAAUGAGAAAAAAAAAAAAGCCAAAAAAAAAAAAAGAAAUAAAAUAAUAAAAAAAAAACAACAUAUAAAUAAUAACGUAAACAACAACAACAACAACAACAACAACAACAACAACAAUAAUAAUAAUAAUAAUAAUAAUGAAUUUUUCAAAAAUCUUAAUUAUGUAAAAGAUAUAAACUAUACAAAUUAUAUAAAGAAAGUUAAUUUAAAAUCGAAGGAAAUAAAAUUCAGUGAUAUAUUCAAAAAGAAAAAAAAAAAAAAAAAAAAAAACCAACAUCAUAUGGAUAUUUCAAAACGUGCGAAUAAAAAUAUCCUGGAGAAAAAGAUAAAAGAGCAUAAUCAACAACUUGUAAGAAAAGGAAAAAGUAAAACGGAAAAAGGAGAAGAACAAAAAAAGGAACAGCUAGAUGUUGUGGAUAAAAAAAGUAGUGAUGAUAAAAAAUGCAAUUAUGAUAAAAAAUGUAAUUAUGAUAAAAAAUGCAAUUAUGAUAAACAAAGUAGUGAUGAUAAAAAAUGCAAUUAUGAUAAACAAAGUAGUGAUGAUAAACAAAGUAGUGAUGAUAAACAAAGUAGUGAUGAUAAACAAAGUAGUGAUGAUAAAAAAUGUAAUUAUGAUAAAAAAUGCAAUUAUGAUAAACAAAGUAGUGAUGAUAAACAAAGUAGUGAUGAUAAACAAAGUAGUGAUGAUAAACAAAGUAGUGAUGAUAAAAAAUGUAAUUAUGAUAAACAAACUAGUGAUGAUACACAAGUCAAAUUGGAUAAUCAAACCAAUGGGGAUAAACAAAGUAUUGCAGAUUCAAAUAAAAUUAUAGAAGAAACAUAUGCUGGAGAAAAAACAACCAUAAAGAAAAAAACCAGAUUCCAGAUGAAGUCUCAAAUAAAGGACAGAAAUAAAGAUAUAAAAUCAAAAGAGAGACAUAUAAAAAUAAAAGAUGCCCCUGAGAAAAAAAAAAAAAAAAAAGAGAAUGUUAUAAUAGUACCUGAUGAACACAAUAAUGUUAAAAAAGAGACAAAUAAUAUAAACCAAAAUUUGUUCAGUGAUAAAUCAGAACAUGUUCAUAAGAACACUCAAGAAAUGAAUGAGAAAAGGAUACUAGCUGAUGAGAUAUUAAAGAAAUAUAUAGAAAUGAGAGAAGAGGAUAAGAAUAAAAAUGAAGAUAUUAAUAAAUAUAAUAAAAAUCAUAAGACAUGUUAUCCCUUUUUCGAAGGUGAUAAUAUAGUAUUAUUAGAUAUAAAAGAAAAAAAAUUUAAUAUUGAUAUAAUAAAUGUUUUUUCUUCAAAUAAAAAUUUAGAAGAUAACUGUCAUGACAUUUUGUUUUUUUUUGAUUCUUAUGUUAAAAAAAAUAAAAAAGAAAAAAUGAAAAACAGUACAAAUGUUAUUAGGCCACUGAAAAAAUUAUUUAAAUGUGAAUAUUUUGAAAUGGAAUGUAUUAAAUUGAUUAUACACAUAUUUGAUAAAAUAAUUAGUAAAAUGAAAAAGGAGAUAAAUAUGGAAAAUAUAACAAAAUGUUUUGAAAGAGAUGAUCAUAGUAGUAGUUUUAUAUCGCGUAUAAAAAAAAAACAAGAAAUACAAAAACGUAUCAACCAAGAAAAUAAUACCAUAAAAAAUAAUAUUACCAAAAAUUAUAAUAAUUAUUAUUAUAAUGAUAAUAAGAAAAAUAUAUUUUAUAAUACAUUUUUAAAUAAUGAUAUAUUAUAUAAUGACGAUUAUGAAAAACAAAAAAUCUACAGUAUAUUAUUUUAUAAUUCUCCUCAUAGUUAUGUUUGCAAUGAAUAUCAGGUUUUUCAAAAACUUCGACAGUGGACAGAUCAGAAUAAAUUACUUAUGUUAAGAGAAAAAAUGAAACAAAUGGAAAAAAAUAAAGAAAACCAAACAACACAUAAAAGAAAAAUGAAGAAUAUCAAUAAUUUUAUUACUACUACUAAUACUACUACUACUACUACUAGUAGUAAUAAUAAUAAUAAUGAUGAUGAUCAAAUGAAUUGUUGUCAUAUAUAUCAUUCCUUAACCAGUAAUGAUAAUAUUUAUAAUAAUUAUUCCCACUAUUAUAAUAAUGAAGUUUCUUCUUAUAUUCCCUUGAGAAAGAUUAAUAUUAUAACAAACAAAAUUAUGUGUACAAUAUUAAAUUCUUGUUGUAUACAUGAUAAACAAAAUGUUAUGAGUACUUACAAGGAGCAUGCUCCUUCAUACAACUUUCCUAUGACUAAACAAAAACAUUGGAAUGUAACAUUAAAUCGGGAAUUACUACUUAAUGAUAAAGCAAGCUACCCUUUGAGGAUAAGUGAAGCAGUCGGUACUUUAAUUUCUAAAUAA